UUGAGCCUCUCUCUCAACUCUCUGCAUCCCAUUCUCAACCAAAUCUCGUCCACGUCUUCUGCAACCUCCUAUUCCAUCACGCCCGACGACUCGCUUUCACCGAUUUUAUCUUAUCGACUUGUCCUCCCGCGACAUAACGAGCAACCGCCAUCAUGAACCCCGAAUACGACUAUCUCUUCAAGCUCCUCCUCAUCGGAGAUUCCGGUGUUGGAAAGUCUUGUCUGCUCCUGCGAUUUGCCGACGAUACCUACACUGAAUCAUACAUCUCCACUAUCGGUGUCGAUUUCAAAAUCCGAACGAUAGAACUCGAUGGCAAGACCGUCAAGCUUCAGAUUUGGGAUACCGCCGGCCAAGAGCGUUUCCGAACAAUUACCUCUUCGUACUACCGCGGCGCCCACGGCAUUUGCGUCGUCUACGACGUUACCGACAUGGACUCUUUCAACAACGUCAAGCAAUGGCUCCAGGAGAUUGACCGAUAUGCCACAGAGGGUGUCAACAAGCUGCUGGUCGGUAACAAGAGCGAUAUGUCAGACAAGAAGGUCGUUGAGUACAGCGUAGCCAAGGAGUUCGCCGACAGCCUCGGAAUCCCAUUCCUCGAGACUUCCGCCAAGAACGCCAGCAAUGUCGAGCAGGCUUUCUUGACCAUGGCCCGCCAGAUCAAGGAGCGCAUGGGUACUACCACAGCCAACAACACCAAGCCUAGCGUGCAAGUCGGUCAAGGCCAGGGCGUUGGCUCUUCUUCCAACAACAGCUGCUGCUAAAUGCACUUAUGCUCUCUUUUCUCGGUGAAGCAGGAUGAUGGAGUACAGCCGGAAAGAUGGAACAUGCUAGGGAUACGACCGGACAGAUUCAGUUACGAUGUUUGCUUUCUACCUAUUCUCUCGUCGUUACGCAUAGACCAGAUCAUAAUCGCUCGGAUUAUGCAUUUCGUUACUGCAAUCACGACUCUUAUUGCUUUCAGUACCCAGAAGAACGGCUCUUUCACUCUCUACGCCUGCCACGGACCCUGACGCUAUUACGACGAGGUGGGGGAAUAGACGGAGUGGUAUUGUAGAUUGUGGGGAGGAACUUGGAGAGGGAGGUCAACAGAUACAGAGGCAGGUCCUGUUUUCCCGGGCGGGUGGUUGGAAGGUUUUACGCGCGCGCAAGCUAUAUUUUCUCGCUUUCUUCCUUUACCGUGUCCGUUGUCACGGAACGCAAACAUCGAAGGACAUCUGUCGGUUCUUGUCCUUUUCAACCUGCCAUUCAUUCGCUUGAAACAUCAUCUGCGCAUCUCAUUCUCCCUUUUCCAUCGUGGCCUUCCGUUAUUCUGUAGUUUCUUGAGCCAACAAGAGUUACAGGAGAGGGUUGUGCUACCCCGUUUUCUUUUGCCUGGGUUCCGAUAUCGGUUGUUAUGUUGUUUCUUCUCUUUUACCAUCCUGAUUCGCCUGUGGUUUUCAUUCUUGGUAGCUGAGAUCGAUUUUAUGUAUGCGAGAAAGGGUAUUCUUAAUAAAGGUGGAAUAUUCUUUUUUAUCUGGUUGUUCCUACUUUGUCCAGUUUAAUGAUGAUUAUGAAGUUGAGGUUGAGACACCUAGACCUAUGUCAGCUUGACAACCAGCCCA